CGUGGGUGCGCAGCUGCCACCGCUGCUUCGGUUGGCAGUCUCACGUAUGCACUCUGUCGGCGAUCACAGCCACGGUCGAAACCAACAAGCAAAUUCGUGUUUGUCGCGUCGCCUUCUUUGCCCCGUGUGCCUCGGUGGCAGCAGGUCUUCUACGAACCCAAGUUCAUCGCGUGCAUCCCAAUAUCACGGCGGUGCAGAAUACCAGUACCUCCUCUCUUCCCGCUACUCGCAGCGUGGAGAUUGAACUUGGGCGUGACGCAUACCGAUCCUUGUGGCGCCAAGACAAGGUUGCACACCGCUGGGUUCAGUGCGAUGCCAUGACACGCUUACGUAGGAGGAGUGGGGCCGACCAGUCACAUUCGAGCACCAUCGUUUUAUCGUCUCACUUCGAAAUCUUCUUCUCGCUGCCGAGUAGCAUGACCUGCACUUUCUUGGGCUGCGACCGACCGGCUGUGCCCGGCACCGCGCGUUGCGUCUCGCACAAGAACAAGAUCAAGUGCUCGAUUGACGGCUGCACCAACCAAGUCUACGCCCGGUACCUCUGCGUUCGCCAUGGUGGCAAGAAGCAGUGCCAAAUGCUCGGCUGCGACGCGGCCGUCACGCGCGGGUCGUUCUGCGUGGAGCACGGCGGCUCGGCCGCCAAGCGCUACUGCAUCGAACUCGGCUGCGACCGCCAGGCACACGCUCGGUUUCGCUGUGUCCGCCAUGGUGGCGGUCGCCACUGCAAAGUGGAGGGCUGCAACCUCCAUGCGCGGUCCUCUGGCGCGUGCCACCGCCACAUGCCGCCCCGCAACGGCACCAAGACCAAGAAAAGCCACGCGCUGUCCCGCCGAACACGACCAGCGCUCUGUAGCACCGACCACGUCUUGUCUUAUGACGUUAGCGCGCUCCCGGCGUGGACGACACCACUCGAUGGCAUCGACUACUCGAUUCUCAACUUGCUUUGUGAAGCACCCAAGCUCUUGGCAGGUCGUGGCAACAGUCCUCGCAGCGCGCCGUACGAGAGCUCAUUCUGUCGAUAUGGCGGAUAAGACUAACGUAAACGAGCCGUCUUGGUAUUACUCGA